CCUCCCCUCGCCAGGCGCCGCGGGGCCAUUGCACUGGGCACAGGGGAUGGCGCCUGAGCUGCACGGCCUCCUGCUGCUGACGCUGCUGGUCUGGGUGGUAGCGGCCAGGAUCGGGGCCCCCCCGAGGCAGGGGGAAAUGGCCAGACGGGUCAACACCACAGAGUUGAAGGCUGCAGUCCUGCCCUGUGGGGGGUCCGGGGCUGUGUAUGGGGACCCCCCCACUCAGUUGUCACUCUCCUGGCUGUGGAGGGGCCCGUGGGGCCAGGAGCUGCUGAGCCUGAACGCAAGCCUGGGGGAGCCGCCCCCCCGCACCAGGAUGGGCAUCGGGGUCUGGGGGUCACUGGUGCUGCCCAAUGUCUCCACCUCAGACGCAGGCGUCUACAGCUGCGAGUGGGACGGGGACAGCGGGGGAAACGUGCUGCUCAAUGUGCCAGGGAGCCGGGAGCUCUACAUCUCUGGGACCCAGGGGGGGCAGGUCGUGCUCCCCUGCGCUGCGGGAAAUGCCCGCGAGACCCCCGCUGUGGACUGGUUCAGGGAUACAGACAACAGGACCCACCAGUUUGACCGCGCUGGCCCACGGCACUGGCCCAACGGCAACACCCUGCGCAUCAAGGGGCUGGAAUCAGGGGACGCUGGGCGGUACUGGUGCCGGGCCAGGAACCAGAGCUGGACCGUGCACCUGCACCUGGGAGGGGAGCUGACAUUCUCGGUGCUGGCUGGGGACACGGCCUGGCUCCCCUGCAAUGGCUCCAUGCCAGACGCCUGGGUCCAAGGCUCCUUGGCCUGGAAGCGGCUGGGCCCGGGGGUCUCGUGGAAGCAGCUGGUGGAGCUGGCGGCUCGGCGCUACGGAGCCUACAUGUUUCAGCUCUCCCUGGGCACUGGCCCAGCCCUGGUGCUGCCGGCCGUGACGCUCGACCAGGCCGGGACCUACCGCUGUGUCCGGGGCAACCACAGCCACGCUGUGGAGCUGGAGGUCACGGCCCACACAGGAGGGUGGCAGCCCUGGAUCGUGGGGGCUGCGGGACUUGGAUACGUUGCUGUUGGCCUGGCCUCCCUGUUUGGAUACUACCAGAUCCGCCGAGCCCUGCAGACCAGGAGGAGGAAGAAAUGCCUGAUGGAUCCUGCCAGGAGGUUUUUCAAGGUGACUGGGAACGGGGCUCACACGCCUUAUGGGAAUGUCCUGCCCCUUGCAGACACUGCUGGUGUGGGGCAGACGGAUGCAGUGCCCUAUGAGAUCGUGGCACUGGGUGCAAGAGGGCAGGGGAGGCCACUGCCUGCAGAGGGGCCCAUCAGUGCUGCCGUGUCAGAGGACGAGGAGGAGUACGAGCACCCGGACAGUGAGGAAGAACCAGCAGCCGAGGAUGGUGAUGGCUAUGAAAACACCAACGGGGACAUGAAACUGUGCAUGGGGGACAAGGGGUCCAGCGACGGUGCCUGCUACGAGAACAGUCUGGAGCAGAACAGAGCAGGAGGCAACUGGGCUUCAGAUGCUUCCCACUACACGAAUGCUCGCCAGGGCCCCGGGGCCGAAGACCAGGUCUCUGAAGGCAGCGAGUGUUAUGAGAACACGGAGGAGGACAGCGCCCCGCUGAGCCCUGGAGCUGCACGGCUCGUAACAGACCUGCGGAUGUUGUUGCUGCUGGGUGCGUGUGAGGAGCCGGAGCGGGAUCGGCAGGAUGGACACAGCGAGGACUCUGCUGGCUCCCAGGCCUAUGAGGAGAUGGCCGGGGCUCUGUAUGCAGCCCCUGCCUGGCAUCUCCGCCUACGGGACCGCAGCCAGGAGGAAGACGCCGAUUCCUAUGAGAACAUGGAGGGGGGGCCGGGCUGUGUCCUGCCCCCCCGGGAGGGGAGCGUGGAGCUGCGUGGAGACGCUGCUGGGCUGAGGGCCCCAGGGCCCGUCGGAGCUGAACCCGCCAGGCGAGCGGUGCCCCGGAGCCUCACUCGGGACUAGGACACGCCGCCCCCGGGCCAAGACAGGCAGCGAGAGUAUCUGAGCCCGUGAGGACAGGGCUCUCAGGGAGGGCCCCGCGCCCCCAUGGCUCCGAUCCCCAUCCCGGCUCCACGUCCUGGGCCCCACUGCUGGGGACGGCCCCAAAGCUGCGGAGGGCCCGUGGGCUCCAGACGCUGUUCCCAUGGCUCUGCAAUGGCCAGCUGCUAACACCGUGCCCCCAGGUGCCUCUGGCCUGCCCCACCCUGGGCUCGGCUGCCCCACAAGGACAGCUCCAUCCAGCUGGGCUGGAUCGCAGCCCUCGGCGUCUGACAUGUGCAUGUCCAGGCUGGGGACAGGGCCCCCCCAGUGCCUGUACCCCCCCCGAUGACAUGCUGGGGAAAGGGCCCCCCCAGUGCCGGUACCCCCCCAAUGACAUGCUGGGGACAGGGCCCCUCAGUGUCUGUACCCCCCCGAUGACAUGCUGGGGAAAGGGCCCCCAGUGUCUGUACCCCCCCGAUGACAUGCUGGGGACAGGGCCCCUCAGUGUCUGUACCCCCCCGAUGACAUGCUGGGGACAGGGCCCCUCAGUGUCUGUACCCCCCCCGAUGACGUGCUGGGGAAAGGGCCCCCCAGUGCCGGUACCCCCCCAAUGACAUGCUGGGGACAGGGCCCCUCAGUGUCUGUACCCCCCCGAUGACAUGCUGGGGAAAGGGCCCCCCCAGUGUCUGUACCCCCCCCCCGAUGACAUGCUGGGGACAGGGACCCUCAGUGUCUGUACCCCACCCGAUGACAUGCUGGGGACAGGGCCCCUCAGUGCCUGUACCCCCCCCCGAUGACAUGCUGGGGACAGGGCCCCCCCAGUGCCUGUACCCCCCCCCGAUGACGUGCUGGGGACAGGGCCCCUCAGUGCCUGGGCCCCCCCCCCAUGACAUGCUGGGGACAGGGUCGGCACCAGUACACACCCUCCCUAGCAGCAAUCUCUCCUCCACACAUCUCCACUGCCCCUUGGCCUGAAGUGUCCGAAGAGCAGGGGCCACAGCAGGCAACCCCCACCCACCCCAGUGUGCCUCCAUCCAAAAUAAAUAAUAUUGUCCUUG